AGUAGGCUAUGAUUUCCUCGUUGUGGGCUUUUAUUAUAGAGGAAGCCACAGGUCCACYAACUGUCAUGUUACUGACAUAAAGUGUAGUACGCAAAGUUAAUUCACUCUCAGGAGCCUACGAUAACUGAUGGUCACAGCCACACAGUAGAGGAGGUUGGAGAAAAAAUGAUCUUACCUUGUCUUUUUGCUUGAAACUAUACUGAUUUGGGCAAAAAAAUAAAUAGAKUAUUUUUAAAUUGCUUUUUUAAUACGGUCGGUGCGUAAACGGAUAUGCAUUUGUCACUACAGUUCGGCAUAUGACAGCCGCAUUAUGCUCGACUCGUCUCUCAACUUUAGGCUGCGGAAGAGAGGCUGCACCGUGGUUGUAGUUUUAGGUGUUAUUMAUCUCUUAGUGGCUUUAUUUUAUUUAAUGGGUUACUCGAAUGGGUCGUCAGCAAACAAACUAAUAAAGACACAGACGCGAAUUGAAACAGCUUUUAUUACCGUGACACUUCCACCGCAAGAUAAUGGACAACACGACCUUAAUAACAGAGUUGUAAUAUUGCGAACUCCAAAGUUUCAGGAUAUACCCAAUACAACUACUACAACCACUACAACUACUAACACUACUACUACAACAACUUUGUGGGAUAAGUUUGAAAAAUGUCCUGAUCCGUCUCCACAUCUGGUUGGGCCUCUCAGGGUGGAGUUCUCUACGCCUGUCAGCUUGGACACAGUGAGGAAGGAGAACCCAGGUCUGCAGGAAGGAGGUCGCUACAAACCACAUGACUGCGUCGCCCUCCAAAAGGUUGCUCUAAUCAUCCCCUUCCGCCAUCGUGACGAGCACCUCAAGUUCUGGCUCUACUACCUCCAUCCCAUCCUUCAGCGCCAACAGCUGGACUAUGGUGUCUACGUCAUCAAUCAGGAUGGAGACAACACAUUCAACAGGGCAAGCUGAGAACAUUGGCUAUGCUAGGCCCUGAAAGAGUAUGACUACGACUGCUUUGUGUUCAGUGACGUGGACAUCAUCCCCAUGGAUGACCGCAACCCCUACAAAUGCUUCAGCCAGCCCAGACACCUGUCUGUCUCCAUGGACAAGUUGCUUCAAGUACGKUUGCCCUAUAACCAGUACUUUGGCGGUGUCUCAGCGUUAAGUAAGGAGCAGUUCCUGAAAAUCAACGGCUUUCCCAACAACUACUGGGGCUGGGGUGGUGAAGAUGACGACAUUUUCAACAGGUUGAGCUCCAGAGGAAUGUCCAUCUCUCGUCCAGAUGGCGAGGUCGGAAAAUGCCGGAUGAUCCGCCACGAGAGAGACAAACUGAACGACCCAAAUCCUCAGAGGUUUGACAGAAUACAACGCACGAGACUGACGAUAAAUACCGAUGGGAUCAGCUCUCUCAAGUACGAAGUCAUCAAAGUGGAAAAGGAUGCUCUGUUCACGAAUAUCACAGUAGAUGUGGGGAAACCUUAGUGARAGUGGAUAAAUGUUAGUAGUYAUUUUGCACAUCACUUAUCACAAGGUGGUGGGCAGAGAAAGCACAGCGGAACCAUGGAAUGCAGUACUGAGAAUGCUCUGAAUUCUCCGGGAACACGUGUAUUUAUUGUGGAAACAAAUGGAGAGCACUUGGAUAAAUAGGAUGGCACAACAAGACCUCAUAAAUAUCAGAGUGGAUCAAAAUGUUUGAUCGACAUGUUUGACUUAUAAUGGCAGUACAAAAGGGAAGGUGCGURGGACAAAGAAGUUAUUUUGUAUAUCAUUUGUAAUGAGUUGUCUUUGUGUAAUUCUGUAAGGGAGAACUACUUGGUUUAAAUGUGUAURUAAGUUGUAUAAAUAUGCAUAUAGUUAAUACAUAUUUUAUAUAUUGUUUCUUCUUUCAUUUUCGGCUAAGAUAUUUGAGAUGAUUACGGUUUAAUAUAUUUUUUUCGGAAAUGUUUCCCAUAUUUGAAACUGUGUGAAAGGUCUUAAUCACAAUCUAAAAGCACCGGUUGGUUUGGUUACUUAUAUAUGUUUCUAAAAACAUCAGUUGAUACCCA